AUGAAGUUCCUCGCGCUCACGGCCUUUAUCACGGCGGCUUUGGCCGGAAACUACACCGGUGACUACUCCGGCAACUACACCGGUAAUUACAACGAGACCGAGGCCAGCAAUGGAACUGCCAUAGAAGAAUUGGAGUGUACGCCCCCAGCAUACGCCUGCAAGUCAGACUUCUCGGGCUGGCUCGUUUGCAAUGUUGAUGGCUGGUAUGUUGAUGGCGGAGAUUGCGGUCCGGACGCUUGGUGCGAGUACAUCAACGACCUACCUUACUGCAUCAGUUAG